GGGACCAAACGGGAGGCGACAGAAGAGAAAAGAGGUUAAGAGCAGUGACUAAGAGAGGCCACUGAACAUCUUUGUCCCCAGAGAGCUGCCUUUCCGCGACAGAGACUCGGCCUGACACCUGGAAGAUGCCGAGAUUCUGCUACAGUCGCUCAGGGGCCCUGUUGCUGGCCCUCCUGCUUCAGACCUCCAUAGACGUGUGGAGCUGGUGCCUGGAGAGCAGCCAGUGCCAGGACCUCACCACGGAGAGCAACUUGCUGGCUUGCAUCCGGGCUUGCAAACUCGACCUCUCCGCGGAGACGCCCGUGUUUCCAGGCAACGGAGAUGAACAGCCCCUGACUGAAAACCCCCGGAAGUACGUCAUGGGUCACUUCCGCUGGGACCGCUUCGGCCCCAGGAACAGCAGCAGUGCUGGCAGCGCGGCGCAGAGGCGUGCGGAGGAAGAGGCGGUGGGGGGAGAUGGCAGUCCAGAGCCGAGUCCACGUGAGGGCAAGCGCUCCUACUCCAUGGAGCACUUCCGCUGGGGCAAGCCGGUGGGCAAGAAGCGGCGCCCGGUGAAGGUGUACCCCAACGUUGCUGAGAACGAGUCGGCGGAGGCCUUUCCCCUAGAGUUCAAGAGGGAGCUGGAAGGCGAGCGGCCUAAUGGCUUGGAGCAGGUCCUGGAGUCCGACGCCCAGAAGGACGACGGGCCCUACCGGGUGGAGCACUUCCGCUGGAGCAACCCGCCUAAGGACAAGCGUUACGGUGGCUUCAUGACCUCCGAGAAGAGCCAGACGCCCCUGGUGACGCUCUUCAAGAACGCCAUCAUCAAGAACGCGCACAAGAAGGGCCAGUGAGGGUGCAGGGGUCUUCUCACUCCAAGGCCCCCUCCCUGCAUGGGCGAGCUAAUGACCUCUAGCCUCUUAGAGUUACCUGUGUUAGGAAAUAAAACCUUUCAGAUUUCACAGUCGGCUCUGAUCUUCAAUAAAGACUGCGUAAAUAAAGUCAAAACACAACUGUCCAGUUACACUAUCAUGUGACCAGAUGCUAGAGUGUAAAGAAAACAUUUCUCAACCUCCUUGCCCCAGCAAACACUCUUG